AUGGCAAAUGAAGCUCGCUCCUUGGCCUUUUUCAGGGAUGCUGCUACAGAGUUUUUGGCCACCAUGAUAUUUGUCCUGAUAGGCAUAGGCUCUGCCUUAAAUUGGCCCUCGGCACUCCCAGGAGUCCUUCAGAUUUCACUGGUAUUUGGCUUGACUAUAGCCACUCUGGUCCAGUCUGUAGGCCAUGUCAGCGGGGCACACAUCAACCCAGCAGUGACUGUGGCCCUCCUAGCAGCACAAAAGAUUUCAGUGCCUCGAGCCGUGGCUUAUAUUAUAGCUCAGAUGGUAGGAGCAAUAGCUGGAGCAGGAGUGAUACACCAGAUCACCCCCUCAGAGAUCCGGGGAGGCCUGGCUGUCAAUGGGUUACAAAACAACACAACAGCUGGGCAGGCAGUGGCUGUGGAGCUGAUUCUGACCUUCCUCCUGGUUCUCUGUGUCUUUGCCUCAACUGACAGCUGCAGAACUGAUAAUGUGGGCUCCCCAGCGUUACCUAUUGGACUGUCAGUCACAACUGGUCAUCUCCUGGGGAUCUAUUUCACUGGCUGCUCCAUGAACCCUGCACGGUCUUUUGGUCCUGCAGUUAUAAUGGGAAAUUACCAGGAUCACUGGGUCUUCUGGGUGGGACCUCUGGCUGGUGGCAUCAUUGCAUCCCUGAUCUAUAACUUUAUCCUUGCUCCUGAUGCAAGAAGCCUUUCUGAGCGGAUUGAAGUCCUAAAAGGGACCUAUCAACCUGAAGAUGAUAGGGUGGAGAAGAAUGAUCAGAAGUACUCCGUGGAACUGGUGGAGAAGUUCUAA